AUGAUCCGACUGCCUUGUCGCAUUCCUGGUUGCAAACGGGUCUUCAAAAAUAAGUCAGGCCAAACGAAGCAUGUCCGCACAGCACACAGCCUUUUGCACAAUCGUGUAACCUUCCAUCAAGCAGCUCCCGACCUUCGCUCUCCAAGUCUCGAGAAUCCUGCCUUUGACGAUCAACCUCCAAGUCCCCAGCACCACGACUUUGAUGAAAACAAUGAUGGAGCGUUUAUGCCAGAGGAGGGCCUGCAGUUGGGGCCACUGUUCCGGACGUUCCAUCCUCUUCUUACAGGCCGAAAGUGCGAUAUUCAUGGCAACUUUAUUAACCAGAAUGCGCCUCCACCAUCCAGAACUGAAGCCUCACCUACUGACUGGACGCCGUAUGAAAGCCGGGUUGCAUUUGAGACAGCAGAGUUCUUAUAUACACGUAACCAAAUGUCUGCGGCUCAAAUCGACACUCUUCUCGACCUCUGGGCAGCAACACUUAUUCAACACAAUGAUAGUCCUCCGUUCACUGGCCAUCGUGACUUAUAUGAAACUAUCGAUUCGACUCCCCUCGGUGAUGUCGCCUGGGAGACUUUCACCAUGUCUUAUGAUGGAGUCAAGCCAGCUGAAGACAUUCCACCCUGGAUGACUGCCAAAUACGAUGUGUGGUUCCGUGAUCCGCGUCUACUUGUUCAUCACAUGCUUUCCAACCCUGACUUUGACGCUGAGAUAGAAUAUGUUCCGUAUCGGGACUAUACUAACAAUGAUCAGCGUUGUUACAAGAACUUUUUCUCUGGUGAUUGGGCCUGGAAGCAAGCGGACAUUAUCGCAGAGGAUCCAGAAACUCACGGAUCGACCUUUGUGCCUUUAAUCAUUGGCAGCGACAAGACUACAGUCUCGGUCACUACGGGACACACUGAGUAUCAUCCACUCUAUAUGUCAAUCGGCAACAUUUUCAAUGGAGUUCGGCGCGCACAUCACAACGGUGUAGUACUGGUGGGCUUUCUGGCUAUUCCCAAAAGCACAAAGGAACAUUUGGACGACAAAGACUUCCGCAAUUUCUGCUGUCAAAUGUUUCACUCCUCGCUCGCCAAGAUAUUUGAGUCUGUGAAGUUGAAUAUGACGAUCCCUGACAUUGUGCGCUGCCCCGACAGUCAUUAUCGACGUAUCAUCUAUGGGCUAGGCCCAUACAUAGCAGAUUAUCCAGAGCAACUCAUGCUGUCAGGAGUUGUUCAAAACUGGUGUCCAAAGUGUCUAAAUCAUCGUAAGAAUCUCGACAGCGGUGGUCCAUCUUUGCUCCGGUGCCAAGAACACACCGACCUCCUGGUUCAAGAACUGCAGCAUGCCCACCUCUGGCAUGAAUAUGGCAUCAUUCAAGAGGUUGUGCCAUUCACAAAUGAUUUCCCUCGAGCCGAUAUCCACGAACUUAUCUCUCCGGACAUCCUGCACCAGAUCAUCAAGGGGACGUUUAAAGAUCACCUUGUUAACUGGGUAGAAGAAUAUUUGUUACUCACACACAGGGCUUCAUGCGCAGCUGAAAUUAUGGAUGAUAUUGAUCGAAGGAUCGCAGCCAUUGCUCCUUUUGCAGGUUUACGACGCUUUCCACAAGGGCGUGGAUUCAAGCAGUGGACGGGUGACGACUCUAAGGCGCUGAUGAAGGUAUAUAUACCCGCCAUCAAAGGACAUGUACCUUGGGAUGUCAUUCGCGCAUUUAGCGCAUUUCUCGAUUUCUGUUACAUAGUUCGACGAGACACGCUCACAGAGGAUGACCUCACCCAACUUCAAGAUGCACUCAACCGUUUUCACCAGUACCGCGAAAUCUUCAAGACGACAGGAGUUGUGCCUGACUUCUCACUUCCACGCCAACACUCUCUUAACCACUAUUUCCUCAUGAUUCGACUCUUUGGUGCCCCAAAUGGCCUUUGCUCGUCAAUUACCGAGUCGAAGCACAUCAAGGCCGUUAAAGAGCCUUGGCGUCGCUCCAGCAGAUACAAAGCAUUAGGCCAAAUGCUGCUCACCAACCAACGCCUCGAUAAAAUAGCAGCAGUGCGAAGCGACUUUGAAGCUCGUGGCAUGCUUCAAGGCUCGUGUGUAUCUGAUGCAUUGCGUGCACUGAAAAAUCGUAGUCGCGAGCUUCCAGACAAUGACAGUGACGACAAUGACAGUGAUGACAAUGACAACAACGAACUUGCGGACACAUUACAGGCUCUUCCUGACCGUUUGCGCAUCAACGAGCGACCAAAUCAGUCCGUCGAGGUAGAUGCGGCCGAGAUAGUUGAUGGACCUGCUGCCCAGGCUCACGUGGAACUUGCUGCGCUCCCCAUACCGGGUGGUGCGCAUGAUGUCUCUGCACUUGCACUCGAACUUGAACUCCCGAACUUCCCCACAAUGAUCCAGCAGUUCCUUUACGACCAGCUUCAUGUUGGAGACCACGAGGCCCCCAAUUUCGACCCUGUGGCAGCACCAUCUUUCAUGGGCCGAGUUUCGGUUUUCAGCUCGGCAGCAGCAUCAUUCCAUGCCCCCAGUGACCUCAGUGGCACUGGAGGCAUGCGACGUGAGCACAUUCGGGCGACGACAUCAUGGCAAGGAGGUCCUGCUAGGCAUGACUGUGUAUUGGUCAGUACAAACAACGAGGUCAAUUGUGGCUUGGAUGGACUUGCCGUUGCAAGAGUAUUGCGCUUUCUCGGUUUCAAGUACCGGACGAAAUACCUGCAAUGUGCAGUUGUUCACUGGUUCUCGUACAUCACAGACAGCCGGGAUCCUGACACUGGAAUGCACAUUGUUGCACCGUCGACUAAUGAUGAUGGCACACCAGAUAUCUCACUUAUCCAUAUUGAUUGUAUAUUCCGCACAGCUCAUCUUAUUCCUCUCUAUGGUGCUGAUUUCUUGCCUCGUGAAAUCACCCCUCAUGACAGCUACAAUGUAUUUCGCGCAUUCUACAUCAAUAAGUAUGUCGACCAUCAUGCAUUUGAAGUAGCAUGA